CGAGUGCGCAUGCCGUUACAGAAGAACAGAACUCGCUACGCGCGAGAUCCCAAGGAUAUCCCUUUACCCCCGAGUCCCUCAAAAGCCAGAAUCCCUAAGAACAAGGCGAAGCACGACGCACAGACGCAGGCUGCGUCUUACAACGCGAAUCGACGAGGGACGUCGGAGGACAACGACGCAACGGAUCCGUGGUCUUGGGCAUAUCUCACGGAGCCAUCUAUCAGCUCGUAUACACCAAUCUUUACAAAGGAUGGAGGAUACUUCUUCUCAAUCGUUGGGUCCUCGGUGCGGAUUCAUUCCGCAAUCACCGGACAGGUCGUAUCUACCCUUUCCGCGUCCUCGGCUGGUAGCUCUGCCACCCUCAAUCCUGUCAGGGACCAACAUAUCGACAAUAUAACGUCCAUCAUCCUGAAUCCUACAAACCCCUUCCAGCUUAUCACCGGCUCUCUCGAUGGUUGCAUCAAAGUAUGGGACUUCUUGGACGCUGUCCUGCUGCAUACUGUGGACAUUGGACAGCCCAUACUGCACAUCUGUGGCCACGAACGAUUCCCAGACCGUGUCUUCGUUGCCGCUGCGCGCCCUACGAAGAAGAAAACCAAUAGUGGCAUUGAGACGGAGGACAAUGCGAUCGUUCUUUCGGUGUCUCUCAAACCCACAUCUACGUCGAUAGAUGGCCGUGGACGCCGGCCUUACGACAUAGAGGUCGCUGGGAAAACGAGGGCGCCUCAUGGCCUUGCUCUAUCACCAAGCGGGGAGUGGCUUGUGACUAUAGGCGGGCACAAGGCGUACGUUGCCCGAACAUCGUCGUUGAAGGCCGGAUUCACGAAAUUUGUGUCUCCUGAAGCCCUUACCUGCCUCGCAUUCCAUCCCUCCGAGGAAUAUUUUGCCACCGGGGAUGCGAAGGGUAAUAUCCGACUUUGGUACUGCUUGAACGAGCAGAGCGUCAAGAAAGCCAUCGGUGUUGAGAAACGCGCUCAGACAACCACGUUUCAUUGGCAUGCUCACUCUAUAUCAUCCUUGGCAUUCACAAGUAACGGCGCCUAUCUGCUGAGCGGUGGAGAAGAAGCAGUACUUGUCAUGUGGCAAUUGCAAUCUGGCAGGAAGGAGUUUGUUCCCCGAGUUGGCGCCCCAAUAGCGAGUAUCGCUGUAUGCAGAGGUUCCGAUCACGAGGAGGAGUACCUACUUGGGCUGGCAGAUGCAAGUUAUGUCUUCAUCAGCUCGAGUUCAAUGAAACCGUCGAGAACCUUCUCCCGCAUAAAACUUAAUCCCAUGCUUUCCUCAGGCUUGCCACCCAUAGCGAGUUCGGCGCCGCUGGCUACUCAUGUUCCUUCCUCGACACUCAUUCUCCCAUCCUCUCACCCGUCAUAUCUGCAGAUAUACUCUCCUUCCACCUCAAAUUCAAUUGCAGAGCUUGAGAUAUCCCCUACAAAUCGCGUCUCUCGUCGCGAUUCAGAACACAUCCUGCCUAGCACGGUGGACAGUGCUGUCGCUGCCCACUCAGGAGAAUGGUUGGCAACCAUCGAUCGAAGAGAAGGGGACGAAUCUUUCCAUGGCGAGAUCUACCUGAAGUUCUGGCGCUGGGAUGGUAGAUUAAGUGCUUGGACCGUGAAUACUCGCGUUGAUCGUCCUCAUGGAUUGAAGAGGGUGGUUGAUAUGGCAUUUGGCCCCACUGGAGAUCACUUGGUCACUGCAGGUGAAGACGGGCAAGUCAAAUCCUGGCGGAUCCGGGAACUCGAGGAUAAGAAUGGCCAUCCAGAAGUUUUUUGGUUUCAUCGCUCCACAUUCACUUUUCGAUCUAUGACCCCUCUGCAUGUCUCUUGGUCGCACGAUGGCUCGGUUUUGGCGGUGACAUACAACGUCUGUGUCGCGCUUUAUGAUCCGUCCUCGACAGGGCUGCGCGGCGUCAUAACGUCUUCGGAAUGUCGAUCGCUCAUAAAGGCGCAUUUUGUUGGACAAACCGGGCGAUAUCUUGUUCUGGUUGCCGUAAAUGAUCUGGUGAUGUGGGACGUCGUUUGCCAGACAAGUGUAUGGCAUCGGCGCUCGUCCUCUCCUAUCGAUGGUAUUGUGACUCAUCCUCACAGGACUCAGUUCGCAGCCUUGCAUCGUCUACAAUCCCCUAACGGCACACCUUGGACCAAGGCGGCGAUUUUUGAUGCAAGUUCGGCCAACCCCAUCGCUCAUCGAAAACUCCCCUUCCAGCUUCGCAAUGUCACCUGGAACAAUCUGUCAGCCUCCAGUCUAUCGCCACGGACCAGUGGUUUCACCCUCGUCGGCAUCACGUCUGACUGGGGAGUUGUCGUCUUCGGUGACGAUGUCCACAUCGAGGCGAAGCGUGCUUUCGACGCCACGAUAGGCUUUGGAAGUCCAGGGCAAGUCAGAACUUUGUUCCAGGAUAUCUUUGGGGCAGCAGCAUUCACUCCAGAUGCAGACCCCCCCUCGAUUUCAGACGCCUCUUCACUUGAAGCACGUUGGAGCAGCAAAGAGGCCGUUAGUUUGGUAGACGGACCAUCAUACUUGAUGCCGCCAUUCCAGGCCAUAUUCAACCCUUUGAUCGACACCUUGCUCCGGCAUCGCCAUGACGACGUACCAGUCGAAGAAAGAAGUCAUGAACAGGAUGAGGCUGAUGACAACAGCGUUGAAGAGUGGCGGCUUACCUCCAGCUCCCACGUCGAGCGGUUCGUGGACAACGAUGAGCUUGAUAUGCUCAUUGCACUGUUCAGGAAUCACGCCAUCGAGGAAGCUCGGCUCGCCGUCAAGCCGGCACAUAUGGCAAACACCGUACCUCGAGCACUGGACAGCAAGAACAGAGCGCCCCCUAUAGUGGUCGCUGUCUCGAGGCAUGGAAAGGCGCAUGGUGAUGGCUUAGAAGGAUCGCUACCGGAGCUGCGUCCUGAAACAAUACGACAUUCGGGUUACAGUCCAGCGGCUAAAAAGCGGAAGAAACCCUAGGCUAGCGGAUCAACCUAUUAAUUUAAUUACUGUAUUUCCCGUACAUAGCUACAGCAUGUCCGGCAUUCAGUGCAGAAAAACUGCGUAUGUUGUACACCAGAUACGACAAAAGCUUUC